AUGCAGAACAGCACGGCCGUGGACGAGGCGCUGCACCGCGAGCUGGGGGUCGAGAGCCCGCGCUUCCUGGGGCAGCUGCUCCCGCAGGUGGUGGAGCUCGUGCGCACGUGCAGGCGCCUGCCCGUGGGGGAGGAGUACGCCAUACGGAGGGGCUCCACCGAGUUCCUGCAGGGCUCCCGCGAGCUCGGAGACAGGUCCCUGGGCCUUGCGCACGCGGCGCUGCGCUUCCUGGACCCCUCCGCGCACAGGGACACCUCGGCCAAGGACCUCGACAACUUCAACCUCCUGGUGGACAGCAUCGACAGCGUCCUCGAGCGCGUGGACGACUGCCUGAAGGAGGCGCUGACGGAGCCCGCGGCGCCAGAGGCGGCCGCCACGGACCAGGGAGCUGCGCCCAGUGAGGCCUCCGCGGGCCGCGGCGGUAACAAGUACGUGGAGGCCGGGCGGCACCUCGCCAAGCCGCAGGCGCGCUGGCGCCAGCUGGUUGACAACGGCCGCACGGAGUUCGUGCCCAGGAUCGUGGAGAAGCACAACCAGCUCGUGCCGCUGCCGCCCGAGCUGCUGGAGGCGCAACGCCGCGCGGGCCUCCGCGAGGGCGGCGCGGGCGGGGCGGGCUCCACGCCUGGGGGCCGCCCCGCGCCGGCGGAGGCGGCUUCGGCGGAGGCGAGCGCCCUGGGGGCGCUCGAGUCGCAUCUAAGCGCCAUGGGGGUGGGCAGGCAGAAGGGGGCCCACCCGCAGCUGCCGCACCCGUACGAGGCGGAGCUGGCCGCGCUGGAGGUCCCUAAUGGCGUGCUCGAGCUCCGGAAGCCGGUGAUCUACGAGCGCAUGGAGGACACGCCCCUCGUCCUCGUCGAGACGGGCGACGAGCUCCGUGCCAUGGUCGAGGAGAUCAAGGCGACCUGCUCUGGCGGGGAGAUUGCCGUGGACGUGGAGCACCACGACUUUAGGUCCUACCGCGGCUUCGUGUGCCUGGUUCAGAUCUCAACGCGGCGGAAAGACUUCAUCCUCGAUCCUUUCGGCAUGUUCUCGGAGAUGCACAUGCUGAACGAGAUCCAGUUGCGCUCCAAGAGGACAUUAUGGCAGAAACAGAACGGAAGGAGGAUCUCCUAG